CAUGAUUCAGCAUGUGUAUCGAGAUACCGAACAAACACUCUCUAAGAAGAACACUGAUAUAUUCUUCUUGUCAGUGAGAUCAGAUCGCUCGACGCUCUGCAGCUAUCUACACUAUCAAUCGGCCAACGCCUCUUAGCAGUCUAAGGCGCUAAAUCGUUUCGCCAGUUAACUACUUCUCUUCCAAGCGCUCUCUGUUUCCACCAAAAUUAUAAGGGUUGUUUUUCCUCACAAUGCCAGCUAUUAUUCGGAGACUUAUGGUGAACCUAUCAGAUAUGCUUGUUGCGGCACCGCACGAAACCGCAGCUCGCCCAACUAACAGGACUGCCCCCGAUGCUCCCAAUGAAUCCAGGGCUGAAAAUAUUCCCACCUACUCCCCUUCCCCAGCUGACGUUGGGGAAGUCCGCGCCAUACUCAAGGCAACCCACCCUGCUCUCCCUACAGAGAUUGCAGACAUAGUCCUCGACUUUGCCGACUAUUCUGUGAAAGACAUACAUGCAUUUAACCCCCGUGCUGGUUACAGAAUCGGCUCACAUGGUCCCGCGGUGUAUGGGUUGAUUCUGAAAGGGCCUCAGAUAAGAGAGUUGAAGCAGAGCGGAGGCGAGCUAAGGGAUCUGCGGAUUAAGGCCGUAAGAUUUGAGAUCGCUAGCCAUGAUCAGGGAUGGGGUGGUGAAGCGGGCACACAAGGAACAUACCAUGGCGCAUUCUCAUGGUUUGAAGCAACGAUACUCCGUCGCAAACAUCGUUCGGGCGCCGGGGUAGAGCCGCCACCCAAUGUGGAGCCUCCUGUCCCUGACAGAACAUACGCCGGUUACUCUGAAGCCUAUCGACCAUUCGGGUGGGAUUUCGCGGCAGACGAAAAGGGGAACAUGUUGAUCUGGCCGGUUCAGAAAAAUAAGGUUGCAGUAGGAGAAACCGAAACUCAUGAAAUUGUAUGGAUGCUAGAUGGCGAUGGUGGUAAGGAACACGAACAAGCAAAAUCAGAGAAUGAAGAUACUGGUAGCGGGUCGGGAAACCGCUUUGUUCGUACCCUUCAACCUGGCGAUGUCAUUUGUCUUUGGGCUAGAGCAAUCUAUCCUGGGUGGGCAAACGUUGUAGAGAAAGCUAAGAUCGAGGUCACCUACUCGGAUUAGACUUGAUUUGAAAAUAAAGUAUCCGGAAUUAGAAGUCGAUGGAAUCCUGGCCUUUUCCUAGUGAUAAACUCUCAGUGAUUUUCCAAUUAAUUCUUUUGGUGACUAGGAGUAAAUAGGGCAGCAUCUGGACAGCGAGAUAGUGCAAGGCUUUGCGCCGUGUUCUUUUUUUUCCAUCCCUCUUCUUUCUCACAAUAUGAUGACAUGAACCACAUUUAGUUUGUAUUUGACCUUUUGUAACACUAAUAAUAAUUCGAUGGAAAGAAUUAAUUAUUAAUAUGGCUUCUUAUGCACUCUACUAGUUGUUUCACGGGUUGCAGUUGAACACGAUGCCAACAAAACUGAUUGUGGUGCCAGCUCAGGCUGGAAAAACAGCUCAGCGUGGUUCCAACUCGGACCUUAUGACAGUGCGCCCAUUAAAAGUACUUGCACUAUGGAUAUCCAGCACCUCACCCUCUGCGCCGUCUCAUAAUAUUGAUUUUUCCUAUUUUUUGCAAUUAUAUAACUCAUUCUAACUCAUUCUAAUACUAAUAUCUGUUGUUAACCUUCUAAUCUACAUGUCUACACUAAGAAACUUCAUGUUGAGAUGGGGAUGAGAACAGCCAGACUGGAUUAUGUCCAAGAUGUGUACUCUGUAGUGAGUGUGCAUUUUAGAUGGAGUGUCAAAGAUAUGUUCAGAAAGUCAGGAGAGUAGGCAAAUUGCGCGUAAUUUCGUUCUGGGGACUCCGACUAACAUUUGUACAGUUUCUGUGCAUAUCAAAAUCUGUAGUUAAUGUUUUCUCUCUGUUCCAUAUUAAAAAAUAC